UGGGGCCCCCGGGCAAUAGGGGAUCAUGGGGCCCCUGUGUCCUUGCCCAAGCUUCAAAAAGCCUAUAAAAGGUACCAGGGGCAUCUCAUGGGGCCCCCUACAAACCCCGGGCUGGCUACCAAAAAAUCGCCUGGGCCAGAUGGAUUGACAGCUGAAUUUUACAAAUGGCUACUGCCCAGGGGUGGGCUGACAACUCAUGGGGCCCCCGGGCAAUAGAGGAUCAUGGGGCCCCUGUGUCCUUGCCCAAACUCAAAAAAGCCUAUGAAAAAGGUACCAGGGGCAUCUCAUGGGGCCCCCUACUGACCCCGGGCCCUCGGACAGUGCCCGAGUUUCCAAAUGGUCAGUCCGCCCCUGC